AAGACCACUGCUAUUAGUAUUUGCAGAGACAAACACAAAACUUCGAUAGACAGAUCGGAAUCCGAAAGCUUCCCGUCUCGCAGAUCGGAGGAUAAGAAGAAUGGAGUGUGUUUUUGGUCUCGUCGGUGACGGUUUCGCUAUUCUGGCUGCCGACACAUCGGCGGUUCACAGCAUCUUGGUGCACAAAUCGAAUGAGGACAAGAUCAUGGUCCUCGACUCGCACAAGCUCGUCGCCGCUAGCGGCGAGCCCGGUGACAGAGUGCAAUUCACGGAGUUUAUACAGAAGAACGUGGCUUUGUAUCAGUUCCGUAAUGGUAUUCCUCUGACGACUGCCGCUGCGGCGAAUUUCACUCGCGGAGAAUUGGCUUCUGCUUUGAGAAAGAACCCAUACGCUGUGAACAUUCUGAUGGCUGGCUACGACAAAGAGACAGGCCCUUCACUGUACUAUAUUGACUACAUCGCUACCAUGCACAAGGUUGAUAAGGGAGCAUUUGGUUAUGGCUCCUACUUUUCCCUUUCCAUGAUGGACAGACAUUACCAUAGUGGGAUGACAGUUGAAGAGGCCAUCGAUUUAGUCGACAAAUGCAUAAUAGAGAUCAGAUCCAGACUGGUCGUUGCACCACCAAACUUUGUAAUCAAAAUUGUUGACAAGGAUGGAGCAAGAGAAUAUGCCUGGCGUGAAUCUGUCAAGGAUGCCCAUGUUGCCUCUGCCUGAGCUCUUCAAGACUUGGUUUUCAAAACAUUGGUCAAUUUGCUUAUAUUUCCGUAGUAAAUUUGGAGAGUUUGAUGACAUUUUGUAUGUUCAACUCCAAACUUAAUUUUUAUGAAAAAUGAAACACUCUGCACUUUCUUU